GCCGACUCGCUUACCGAUUACAUUAACCUUAACACCCGCAGGUUGUGCGCAUGUAUACAGGGCUUGCAAGCCACUGUGACAAAAGGCCAGAAUGACCUGUCGCGAAGAUAUAUGGUGGUUAUGGCUGGUGUUGGCGUAUUUUUGGAUAGAAAAACCAAAAACAUGCCAAAAACAUACAACAGAAGGGAUUCGCUGGUGGUCACCCACCCAACUACUAACCUCCCGGCGUGUGGCUUGAGUAUGGCUGAGCGGACGGGAAGCCCUAUUUUCCACACCCUGUGGUCGUAUGUGCUUUAUGCUCAGCUUCAAAAAUUGAUUACUUUAGAAUCCAG